AUGGCAGAUCUAUAUAAUAUUCAAAACAAAGUAGGCAAAGGAGGCAUUCGAAGAAAACCCGUAGCUCUUAUGCCCGAAGAUCCGCCUACCUCGACUGCAUUAGAGCAAUCCUCGCCUUUCUUGAAGCAGGUCUCGCCUGUAGUAUUGGAGCAAGAUGCAGACUUUCCUAAAAGCUGGCCGACAAGACCGGAGCUUGUCAAGUCUUCCACUAUAUCUAUCAUAACAGAUAUCUUUAUCGAUACUAUCCUUCUCGGUCUAUCGCUCGCGUUCUUCACAUUUGGCCUCAUAGUCCGCCACUAUGAUCAAGCACCAGUAGCACUACAUGAGGGCACAGUUAAGACGUUACUAGAAGCAACCAAAUACGGACCAAGUGUGUUUCCAAUCCUGUUUGCGUGUGUGCUGGGUCGAGCUGCACAAGCCAUUCUAGCAUGGCGGCUGGAAUCAGGAGAGCGAGUUGGCGUAUGCGAUCUACUCGCAAGCAGCACCUCGCUCACGAGCACCGUCACCUCGCAAAUCAAACUACGCAUGGUCAGCUUCCUUGGAUUUGCGCUCAUUCUCAUUUGGUCACUGUCUCCAAUCGGUGGUCAAGCCUCCUUCAGGCAACUUUCCAUCGGUGCAAGAAUCGAUAAUGAGCCCGCUUCGUUCACUUAUAUGAUAUUCGGUGGAAGAAUGGAACAAUAUGAUACCAGCGACCGUACAACAUCGUUCGGGAUUAUCAAUAAUCUUUUUGCUACUGCGUUGAUCUCGCCAACGACAACAAAACGUUCCCCAACCGAUACUUGGGGAAAUAUUAAGAUACCGAUGAUUGAGAACUACGAGAGCCUUGCUUUCCCAGAUAGUGAGGGAUGGUUCACUACUAACAUGAGUCUCAACGUUUACUCAUCUCUCGUCGGAAUACCAAUGUCUAGCAUGGACAAAACAUUCAUUAACUAUGAGAUGAAUAUCGAAACGUCGUAUUUCAACCUCAAUUGCUCAAGUGUAGAUGACACACUGAAGUCUCCAGUCACAAAAUUGCCCCCUGGUAAUUUCACAGGAAGUGGAGCCCAAAUAUGGUCAACUGAUAACGACGCACAGAGGCAUGACGCCGACGCAAACACUCUAGAGCCGCGUCAGAUUGGAUAUCAAUCCUGGUCUCCACCCGUGGUGGCAUCUCAGUGUACCAUGGAAAUGACAUACAUUGAAGUGAAGAUACACUGUGAUUCUCCAUCUAACUGCGCUGCUUCCAAGCUUCGCCGUUCUCAGCAACCACACUUACCUCCUGCCUACAUCCUAAUCGAUCACGAUUGGGCAGGCUGGAGCCAAUUCGCCGCAAACUUAAUUACUGCUUUUCCAGGCCACCCUACUUAUACUACAGUAGCAACAAGCUAUAUAGUCGAACCUAAUGACCCUCUAACAUAUGUAGAGGCGUUUACCCUACCUACGACGUCCAGUAAGCCAUUGACGACGGAACUUUUCGAGCAGAGAUUUGGCCAGCUACUUAACACCUACUGGACAUGUUUGAACGAAAUGCACGCAGUUAUCAACGGCAUGACGCCAACUACGGCAUACAUGCAAGGCACGAACCUGAGUGCGCAGGCUUCCCAGUUCUUUUAUGCAAACUCAUCAACUACCAACGGUACAAGGGAUGCCACCACCCCUAUCAUGGAAUGCAAUGUAGGCUGGGUCAUUGCUCUUUGUAUUGCUUCCGCGGUGAUGAUCAUUGCUAGCUUGCUCCAUCCAAUCAUUCACUACUUUUACACCCGAGGGCCUGAUCUAAUGCUGAACAUCUCCAGCUUGGCGAUGAGGGACAAUCCGUAUGUUGCAGUCCCAGCCAAUGGAACGUUCAUGGCGGCAUCAGAUCGAGCUAGAAUGCUGAAAAGCUUCAAGGUGCGAUUUGGGGAUGUCGAUCAGACAAGUGAUAUUGGUAGGCUUGCAAUUGGGUCUUUGGAACCUCCGGGGAAAUACAGUGUAGGGACUGUAAGCAAUCGGCGGCUGUAUUAUUAA